GGAUCUUUCUUCCACCUUGCCGCCAUCAAUUCUAUCAAAAGCUAUACAUUGCAAAGUUGCAUCCAUCUGUAUGUGUUUGAUCUUCACAAGGCUUCAGAUGCAGGAGAAUUCAGUUAUUUCAAGAUGAUGCUAAGAUAUACCCUUAAGAAUGCUAAGCAACAGUGGAGUCUGGGUAUCAACAAAUCUCAUCACAUUUACAUUCCACGGUAAUUCUGGCUUGUAGUAACGCCAACAUUCAAAUACUCCUCGUUUUCGCGUUUUGCGCGUUGUCGUGCAUCUUAGUGUUCUUGCUAAAUAUAAAUCGUUGACGAUUUUACUCUUCCUCGCUUUUUCAUUCUUACUUUUCCCUCUUCACAAACCUGGACAGUCUUUUUUCUCUUCUUGAUUUGGAGUUCUUCAACUGUCAUGCUGACGCUAUUGGUACUUGCUUCGAUGCUGUGCAUUUCACCGACUGGGGUUUUAGGACGUCAUGAGAAGUCGGCUCUUACUCGUCUCACCUCUAGUAGGUCAACAGACGAUGAUGGUCAAGAAAACUACAAACAUGUUAGUGUCGCACAAACUUACCAAGAAGGGUCCACUGGUCGGACAACCUCGAUCAACUAUACGUUGCCUUGGCCUGCUACUAAGUCUAUUCAACCCAAUCCUACUUUCCAAGGGAUGAAUGUCACUUCAGUAAUUCCCGUUUUCGAGACGUGCAACUUGCCAGGUGCAAGGACUACAUUGUGUUCGCCUUCUUUUCGGACUAUCGUCACCACUAAAUGUUCAACUGUCUUAACAGGAUAUUUUACUAAGCAUACUGUCUCUGAGUGCGAUGAGAUUGUCACCUUUUCUACACAGUAUGCCUAUUCGUUAGCUACCACAAUGCCUCCUGCGAGUGACGUCCCAGCUCUUCACAAGCGCGAGAAAAUUACAUCGCUGCCAAAUAACUAUGUUUAUAAUGUUACAACAUAUUAUGCCGCUCCUUGGCAGUCAAUUGCAGCAGAUGAUCCAUCAGAUAUACACGUCCAAAUAUGCGGACUGUCAUCCAAUGGCGUUCAAAUGUGUACGACUGUCACUGAAGUUUGGGUGAUUCAUACAGAAUAUCUACCGAUUUAUUAUACUGAGGCCAUCUCAGUGUCCACUGUAGUAUAUUCAACCGCCGUAUUGGCAUUUGCACCCGUCACAUAUAUAACCAUCACGCCCGGAACUUUCACACUCUCAACAAAGAUAGUGUCUACGAGUUGGUCGGCGAAGAACGUAACCUCAAUUUCUGGAAUUGAAAACUCGAACUUGGAUUCAUCCGGCUCUGCAUCUAGUACUCAGGAUCCAACAACAACAAUUUACGUCACGGGCCAGGGUAGCAUAACGACCAUAAAUCUGGCGUUAGCCAUGUCUCCCGCAUUAAUUCAAGAGCCGGGAACUAGCACAACUACAAUCACGAGUACGACAAGGAUAACGAGGACCACCACUUUUACUCCUCGUCGCACCGUCUUCCGAACCAUUUGACUGCUCAGCGAGCUUUAAACUUCAGUCUACUCUGAGAUUCUAAGGUUUGAACACACAUGGGGUUUAUUCUUGUGCACAGAAUAUCAUGCUAGAAAAUGUCCAGACGAAAGACAUGUUGGCACUUACUGUUAUGCAGGAAUAGACAGAUUCUCACUACAAAUACAUGGCUCUGCAGUCAAGUGAUGCUCAUAUAUGCUCCUCUUGCUAUGAUCGUUUUUGUGUCUCUCAAUUUACUUCAGAUUAUCCAUCCCCCUCAUCUCGUAAUCUUCGUCUUUCCGUAUGUAUUUACAUUUCAAACCCAUUGGUUUUAGUUUCGGUUUUGAUGGCUUGUAGUGUACCUCAAUAGAUGAUAAUGGUGAUUGAACCCCCACUUUUCGUUCUAUGCAAAUCUUCAAAUUGACACAAGAGUAACAAGAAUUGUGUUAAUGAAUUUUUGAAAAGGGGGUUCAACUAAAACCUCUUCCGGUCAAUCUAAAUCUAUUAACCAAUCGCGCAUCUCAAGUAUAUAGAUCUCGAGCUCGAGCACUAAGAAACUCCCAAGACUCCCCGACUCAUAUACCACUAACGUGUGGUAGUGAAGUCAAUUGACUUGGGA